AUGCCUAACUCGAUCUAUAUGCAUCUAGAAGAUCGGGAAAAGAACGCGUUUAUCACUGACCGAGGCUUAUACUGCUAUAAGGUUUUGCCUUUCGGUCUAAAGAACGCGGGAGCAACGUAUCAGAGACUGGUUAAUAAAAUGUUCCGAGACCAGAUCGGGCGUAACAUGGAGGUAUAUGUGGAUGACAUGCUAGUGAAAAGUGUGUUACCGGAAGGCCAUGUAGGUGACCUGCAUGAGACGUUUAGAACAUUGAAGCAUUACGGGAUGAAGUUGAAUCUUGCGAAGUGUGCAUUUGGGGUGGCCUCGGCUAAUCCCAAGAAGAUCCGAGCAGUCUUGGAUAUUCAAUCACCUAAGAAUACGAAGCAACUUCAGCAAUUGACGGGUAGGAUUGCAGCGUUGAACCGAUUCAUCUCUCAGUCAACUGACAAGUGUCUACCAUUUUUCAAAAUCCUGAGAAUUGCAUUUGAAUGGUCCGAAGAGUGUGAAGAGGCGUUUGAUCAGUUGAAAAAAUACCUUACAAGUCCACCCCUGCUAAGCAGAGUUGUUCCUAGAGAAGCAUUGUAUUUAUACGUAGCUAUCUCCCCAACAACUGUUAGUGGUGCCCUUAUCCAAGAAGAAGAUGGCACUCAAAAGCCGGUUUAUUUUGUCAGCCGAGCACUGAGGGGAGCAGAAGAGCGGUGCCCUCAGAUGGAGAAGUUAGCAUUCGCACUGACAAUCGCCUCUAGGAAGCUCCGUUCGUAUUUUCAAGCUUAUACUAUAAGGGUCUUGACCGAGUAUCCAUUGAAGAAAAUACUCAGAAAGCUAGAUCUGUCUAGCAGAUUAGCUAACUGGGCAAUCGAGCUCGGAGAAAUCAAGAAAGACGAAACAUGGGUAGUCUACGUGGAUGGAUCUUCUAUAAGAAAAAAUGGUGGAGCCGGUGUUGUGUUAAUCUCCCCAGAUGGAGAAGAGUUGUGCAACUCCCUAAAGUUAGAGUUCAAGACCACCAAUAAUGAAGCCGAGUAUGAAAUAGUCCUAGCAGGACUCGGCUUAGCCCGAGAGAUGGGAGCUGAGUUUGUUGAGCUACGAAGCGAUUCACAGGUGAUCGUCGGACAUAUCCAAGGAGAAUUUGAAGCCAGAGGAGGAAAAAUGAAGCAGUACUUAUCAAAAGUACAAAAUUUACAGAAGGCAUUCAAGAAGUUCUGUAUUAUAAAGAUCCCAAGAGAGGAGAAUGAAAGAGCUGACCAGCUAGCCCAAAGGACGUCGGCAGUAGCCAGUGACGUUGAGAAGCCUAAAGAACCAAUCCAGACUUUAACCAGACCUGCCGUAUCCGAAACAGUCUCAAUCUUUAAUACCGAGACUGUACCGGAAUGGCAGAGGAGCAUAAGGGAAUAUUUGGAACAGAGAAUUCUCUUGUUAGAGAAGAAGUCAGCAACGCAAGUCAAAACUAGAGCUGCCGGAUUUACUGUCAUUAAUGGGAUUUUGUACAAACAAGGCUUCAUGCUACCACUCCUAAAGUGUAUCUCCAAGGAAGAGGGUAAUUAUGUCCUCCGCGAAAUCCAUGAAGAUAUAGUCGGACUACUUCCUCGUGGGAAGGGGAAUGUGCGGUUCGCGGUUGUAGCAGUGGAUUACUUCACCAAAUGGGCAGAAGUAAAAGCCCUAGUGAACAUAACAGCCAAAAGCAUAGAACGUUUCUUAUGGAAGAACGUCAUAUGCCGCUAUGCUAUUCCACAUGCGUUUAUGAGCUUGAGGCCUCGGACAAGCUUUUCCCGAGGAGGACUCGGACAAGAAUCCGAGAACACUCCUCGGGAAGUAUCUGAUACGAAGUCCGAGACGCAACUCGAGAGCAGAAAGUCAGAUGCCAAGGGUAAAACGGCAUCGGAGCUUCCCCGCCGGAACACCACCGGGGGCUCUAAUCCUGUUUGUUCUUUACUGUGUGUAGUCUGA